CAACAACGCUACACCUCCCCCUCAGCCGAUUAAAACCCCUCAAUCAAACCGCGUAUGCCUCUCUCUCUCAUUCAUUUUAUCUCUGUUUAACUUUCGUUUUCGCUAACUUUUCCCUCACCCAAUCACACCUAUAUAGUCUGAAACAAACCCCCACACUUUCGGUAAUUUCCACCAACUCUUCCUCUUCCCCUCUCUCUAAAAUAUCAUAACCCCAUAUUCCGUUGCAGAGCACCACAAAAACUGUACAAACAGCCCCCUCUUUCUUUUCAACCAAAAUCAGAAGCCAAACAAGUUUCAGAGGAAAUUUUAAACAUGUUUACCUCAACCUCGAAAAUGCAGUGUUCCAGUAGUCCUGUCCUCUCGCUCUCGCUCUCGCCCAGCUUCAACAGCUGUUCUUCGAACAAACUCGCUGAAAUCGCAGCCAGAGUUGUCGAAGAGUUCAAAGCAGAAUCAGAGUCAGAACUCGACCAUGAAUUCGACUUCAAAGACGAAGAAACAGGAAAUGAUACAGUUGUGGAAGAAAAGAACCCACAAUUUGAAGAAGAAGUGGAAGAAGAGAAGAACAACGAUGAGGAUAAGAAUGAAGAAGAUGAGGAUGAUGAUGAGUUUGAGUUUGCUUUUGUUUCCAGAGAGGCUGAUUCGUCACCGAUUUCAGCGGAUGACAUCUUCUACAACGGUCAGAUUCGACCUAUGUUUCCGGUUUUCAACCGAGAUUUGUUGUUAGGUGACCUUGAAAUUGAGAGUUACGAGCCUUCCAAGCCUCCGAUCCCGACUCGGCUCUCGUUGAGGAAACUGCUGAGCGAAGAGCGCUAUCCUUCGUCUUGUUCUUCGUCGGAGGCCGACGAACUCGACGGAGUCCAGCCGGGAACUUACUGCGUCUGGACUCCGAAAGCGGCGACGGCGGAAAAGUCGCCGGAAUGGCAUAAGAAGAGCAAUUCGACUGGCUCGUCGAAACGGUGGAAGUUUCGAGACCUGAUUCACAGGAGCAACAGCGACGGCAAGGACGCGUACGUCUUUUUAACUCCUACAAAAGCCAAUUCGAAGAAAAAAGACGAAAAAAAUGAGAAAUUCACCACCGGAAAAGUGAAGGACUGCGGCGAAGGUAUGACGGCGGCGCAGUAUGCGAAGAACAACAGAAUGAUGAAGGAAGGUGAGAGAAGACGAUCAUUUUUGCCUUACAGGCAAGAUUUGGUUGGGUUCUUCGCUAACGUGAACGGGUUGAGCCGGAAUCUUCAUCCUUUUUGAAAAGCUGAGUUGGUGAUUAGAUUUUUAGGGUUUUAAAUUUUAAUUAUGAAAAAAAGACUAUUGGUAUUAGAAAAAAUAGAGAGUUUUGGGGAAUAUGUUUGUAAUUAUGCUUCCAAUAUUAGUUAUAGUUUUGAGUUUUUCUGUCCAGAAAUGGACUGCUAGGCUUCCAGCCUUCUAAUUUUGGUAUUUUACAUAUUUAUAUUUAUUUUGGCAUAUAGUGAUGUAUUUAACUUAUUUUUUAAAGGGUAGAAAGAGAUAAAAAUAACUUUGCCACAUAGAGAGAAUCAAGAAUCGAAUCGAGAGUCGAAUCAUCUUUGUUUGUAAUAUUGGAUGGAUAAUUUGUCAAUU